AUUAUAUUGAUGAUUAUCAUGGUCGAAUAACUUGUUCUGCUUCCGAAUUUUUCAAACACAAACAAAAUAAACUUAAAAUAUUAUAUUUUAGUGUACAUGCAAUGCACCUCAAUUUCGAAAGCCUCUGGGAAUGAUUCACCUUCCACAGAUGGAGUUACAUCAGCAAAAAUCUGACACCAAGCCCAAAUAGUUCAAAAUAAAACCAAAAUUAGUUAAUUUUAAGUGAGGAUUAUCUGAAAAUACCUGGUUUGCAUUAUCCAUCUCCUCCCUCCGUGUUUGGGUGAGAGUUAUUCUUCUCUUGUACUGGAACAUGCAACUUGCUCCGGUGUUCUCCAUGGCAAACAAAUAUGUGGUAGUAAUUGAAGAGGCCAUGAACGAUGCUAGCAUUGUCCUGAUCUUGGAGAAAAACUCACCUGAGACUGUUACAGAUUUACGUCCUAUUGCCCUUCGCAACAUUAUUUAUAAUAUUGUGGCGAAGAUUCUGGGAAGUUUGGAUAAGGCUAUCCAUUGGCUUUCUUGGAAGCAUAUGGCAGAACCUAAGACGUUUGGGGGCAUUGGUUUCAAGCACCUUCACAGUUUCAAUAUUGCUAUGUUGGAGGCUAAGUUGGAGGGCACCCCUAGUUAUUGUUGGCGAAGUAUUUUGGCCGCCCAAGCCCUGACUAAAGCAGGAGCUCGACGUAGAAUUGGCAAUGGUUUUGACACUCUUGUUUGGGGUAGCCCUUGGCUUCUGGAUGCUGCUGAUCCACGGGCGUGCUUGGAUUCAUCUUCUCAUUGGCCUAACUUUCCUAUUGCUUUUCUUAUUAACAGUGAAAGUGGUUACUGGGGCUUGCAGCUACUGCACCAGCUUUUUAGCCAAAGGGACAUUGACAGUGAUUGCUACAGAUGGGACCAUUCUUAGAAAAAUAUGUUGCUUCUUUCCAUACAAAGAUUCUUGGAGAGUGUGGUGAAGGGAUAUCACUGUAUCAGUUAUUCUGGAGUCUGGAGAUGUAGACAUUGGUUGGCAGAAGUGAAAAUAAUCUUGCAAAUGCCGUGGCUCUGUGUGUGUGUGGGUCCUUGGAUCCUGAGCAGACUGGAAUGAAGGUGGAAACAAUGUUUGGACAACUUGGAUCUAAAGAGCAUUCAUUGCAAAACUUUUAAGGUUGAUAUGUAGAAACUUAGUUCAAGUAAUCAAGCUGGAGAAGGCAG